UCCUCGCCACGCAGUGAACUCAGCACUUGUAUAUAAAGUAAGCUGUCUUUAAGUUCGAAUUUAAAUAAUUCCAAAUCAGCAAUGUUCAGUUUCGCUACGAGUUUUGACAAAAAACUAAAAUUAUGGAGUGGACGUGAUAUUUUUCCUUUGUACCAUCCAGAUAUAUCAGUUGCACAAGUGAUGCUAGGGGCAUUAAAAAACUAUGGCCCGAAGAUAGCCCAGAUUAGCGAUGACAAUGGAACUCGCUUAAGCUUCGAUGAAAUUCGAAUGAAAACCGUGCGUGCAGCGCAAAAUCUCCAAAAACGGGAAUAUAAAUCGAAACAAGUUUUCGGACUCGUUGCAAAAAAUUCACAACAUUUAGCCCCGAUUAUAUUUGCUUCAAUGUGUCUUGGUUGUCCAAUAAAUACACUUGGAAUUUCAUUUAAAAAAACGGAAAUCAUUCACAUGCUAAAGAUAACAAAACCAGUGCUAAUGUUUUGUGAUAUCGAAAUGUAUGAUUUACUAAAGGAAUGUUUGUUGGAAUUAGGAAAUAAGGCUAAAAUAUUGACUUUUGGUGGUAGCAAAGGUGAUUCAGAACCAGUCGAAAAUUUAUUUUUGAAAACUAAAUACGAGAAUGAUUUUAUCCCAGUAAAAGUCGAUGGUAAAAACGAAGCGGCUGUAAUCGUUUGCUCAUCUGGUACAACUGGACUUCCAAAAUGUGCUGGAAUAUCACACGCUGCACUUCUUGAUGCAGUCAAUCGAUUCAAUAUCGGUACAUUCAGUGAUGUAAUACUGUCAUUUGGCUUAGUUCAAUGGAUAAAUGGCCUACGAUUUUUAUUGCGGGGAACACUAUGUGGUGCAACCCGAAUUAUUACAACUGAUAUUUGGUCACCAGAACUUGAACUUUCUAUCAUUGAAAAAUACCAAGUUACAAUUGCAAUGAAUGCAUCUUAUCACAUAUGCUUGUUGAUGGAAAGCGAACAUUUAAAAACAGCUGAUUUGUCGAGUUUAAAUAUUUUGAUGAUUGGUGGAAGUAAAGUGCCAACCUAUCUACGAAAUGGAAUGAAUAAUCAUCUUUCAAAUGGAAAAGUUCAUGAUGUAUAUGGAAUGAGCGAGAUAGCAUGUGUUGCAGCCCUUGAUUAUCCCGGAUUAAGUGGAAAAGAAACCGUCGGACAAUUGGCUAACGGAAUCCAUAUUAAAAUAAUCGACGACGAAGGGAAUCGAUGUGGUAUUGGUGAAAAUGGCGAAAUUUGCAUUAAAACAAACUACAAGUUCCUUGGUUAUUAUGGCAAUGAAAUAGCUAGCAAUGACAUUUUCGACGAAGAAGAUUUUAUCAUGAGUGGUGACAUUGGCCAUUUCGAUGAAAAUGGAUAUCUGUAUGUUGUCGAUCGGAAAAAAGACAUUUUUAAAUAUUGCGGCUCACAAGUUUCACCGUCGGAGAUUGAAGCAUUUUUGAUUGAGUCAAAAGAUAUUAAAUUAGUUUGUGUGGUAGGUAUUCCAGAUCCAGAUCAAGUGGCUGGCGAUUUACCAGCCGCAGUUAUUGUUCGUGCAAAUGGAUCAAAUAUCUCAGAAAAAGAAGUAUUGGAUAUGGUUGCUGGUCAUUUUGCAGAUCAGUGUAAACUACGUGGAGGCGUUUAUUUUGUCGAUUCAUUACCAAUAACUCAAUCGGCCAAAGUACUGCGCAGAAUCGUUAAAGAAACAACAAUCAAAAGGUUUAACGCACGCAAGAAUUAACACAAGCAAGAGUUCGUUGCAAAUUUCAAUAAACAAUGACAUAAAAAAUUUAUC